AUGGUUAAAAGCGCAAGCUUUGAGUAUUCGCCGAUUACCCUCGUCCCAAAGAUGUCCAUCUUCUUCUUCCUCCUCCUCCUCCUCCUCCUCUGUCUUCUAAACAUAGCCAUGGCAGCCGGGAACGGGCUCCGCCAGGGCUUCUACAGCAAAUCAUGUCCACAAGCUGAAGCGACGGUCCGAAGAGUACUGGCGCAGGCCAUGAUCGCCGACCCCAGAGCCGGCGCCUCUGUCAUGCGCCUGCAGUUCCAUGAUUGCUUUGUUGAUGGUUGUGAUGCUUCUGUGUUAUUGGAUGAUACUCCAACCAUGCUGGGGGAGAAAGAGGCUCUUGCCAAUAUAAACUCCCUGAGAUCUUUUGAGGUUGUUGAUCAAAUCAAGGAAGCUUUGGAGAAGAUUUGCCCAGGAGUGGUUUCUUGUGCAGAUAUCAUAAUCAUGGCCGCUAGAGAUGCUGUUGCACUGAGUGGAGGACCUAAUUGGGAAGUGAAGCUAGGAAGAAAUGAUAGCUUGAUAGCCAGCCAACAACACUCCGACGACAUCAUCCCAAGCCCAAGAGCAAAUGCAAGUAUGCUCAUUGAUCUCUUCGGCAAAUUCAACCUCACUGUCAAAGACCUUGUAGCCCUCUCGGGAUCACACUCCAUCGGUAAUGCUAGGUGCUUCUCCAUAAUGUUCCGCCUCUACAAUCAGUCUGGCACCGGGAAGCCCGACCCCUCCAUUGAGAAAACGUAUAGGGAGAAGCUGGACAAGCUUUGCCCCCUCGGCGGUGACGGGAACAAGACCGGAGAUCUUGAUGCAACACCCCGUAUAUUCGAUAACCACUACUACGUGGACUUGGUUAAUGGAAGAGGGUUUCUUAAUUCUGAUGAAACUCUCUUCACAUACAAUACAACCAGACCAUAUGUUUGCUGGUUUAGCUACAAUCAAAAUGCAUUUUUUGAGGCCUUCGUCGAGGGGAUGAUAAAGAUGGGAGACUUACUGUCGGGCCAAUUCGGGGAGAUUAGAAAGAAUUGCAGGGUGGUUAAUGCGCAAGAGUGAUGAAACUAAAAAAUAAUAGCAAGUUUAAUGUUGUUUAGGGAUCUUGAUGAGGAGCAAUGUAUCUUAAGAUCAAAACCAUAAUUAGAGAUAUAAAAGAGAGUUCU